UCUAGUGAGAUAAGAGCUCGCACCAGACAGACGCCACUAGCUCGCCAGACUGAACCCAGACGCGAACGGUCUCUCCAAUCAACCACGAACGAAGGGUUUUUCUGUCCUCUCCAAGUGCGCAGAACAACUUAUCUCGCCGAACAAUUCAGUGUCAGCAGCGCUGCAGUACCAGCCGCUUGUGCGCAGCUGAGGGUUCAGACUGGCUGGUGGGUCGCUGCCAGCAGUCAAAUGCCAUGGAAAAAAUCUAACCUCAACAACGCGAGCACCAGAGAGGCACGACGCAAACGUAUUAAAAGAGCCCAUCAGUUAUAUGUAUCGAUGUCGGGGCGACUGGCGGCCCUCGCCCUCGCGGCGUGCGCGGUGGCCGCGUGUGGCGCCGCCUGGUGGCGCAGGAGCAAGAAGCGGCCGCCCGCCGGGUGGCGCUGGCGCCGCGUGGGCGAGCUGGCCGAGCUGUACGUGUACCCGCUCAAGUCGGGCGGCGCGAUAGCCCUGCGCGAGGCCGAGUGCACGCAGCUGGGCGUGACCACCUCGGCGGCCGUCAGGGACAGAAUGUUUCUCGUCUUCAACGAAACGAACGGAGAGUUCAAGACAGCGCGCCAGAUGCCCCACAUGGUUCUGAUAAAGUUCAGAGCGGAAGACGACCACACUUUUGUUUUUGAAGCUCCAGAUAUGGAGCCGCUUACAGUCCGCAUCUCAGACGACAUGAUCUCUAAAAAGAGAACCUGCACGAUGUGGUUCGACGAGAAGGUCUCGGCGGUGGACUGCGGGGACGAGGCGGCCGCGUGGGUGUCGCGGUACGCGCUGAAGAAGGACUCGGGCCUCAGGCUGGGACACCACUUGGCGCCGCACCUCGCCAGGAGGAGGGCCUCCGUGCCGCCGUGGUCGCGCUACCAGAAGGCGUUCGGCAGGCUCGGCGACGAGGACAUGGGGGCCUUCGCGGACAUCACGAGCUACAUGCUGAUGACGGAGUCCUCGGUGGCGGCGGUGGGCGACAGGCUGCCCGGCCGCCGCGUGACGACUCUUCAGUUCCGCCCCAACCUGGUGGUGCGCGGGCCGCGGGCCUUCGAGGAGGACAGCUGGUCGUGGGUCAGGAUCGGCGAGCACGUCGUCCUGAAGACGGCUGCCCCCUGCACCAGAUGCAUCCUGACGUGCGUUGAUCCGGAAACUGGAAUCAUGGAUCCACAGAGAGAGCCACUGAAAACAUUAAAAACGUUCCGUCAGAUGACCGGCAGGAAGGAGAGGGAGGUGCUGGGAGACGCGCCCUUGCUCGGCGUGUACAUGGGGCUGUACUCACCCGGCAAGGUUUCCGUCGGCGACCCUGUUUACGUCGCCUAGACUUUGACACGAGUGUCUCGGGGUUCCUCGCACCUCCGAAGCAGUCUGGAAGAGCUACCGAAGAGUGCAUCGCACCUCGACGUCCAGUGUUUGGAGCAGCAUUUCCCAAACUGCGUCCUUCCCGGAACCCUUUAAUGAAUUUUUAUUUCUGCAAAUGGAACAGAUAUAUUCAUGUAAAAUAAUAGAUAUUUUUUAUUUGUACAUUUGCAUAAAACAAAUGUAUCACUAAGCAGUAAUACUGGGUGGCGAUUCUUACCUUGUGUUUUCCCAGUACUUGUCAUAGAUAAAGUUAUUUGUAAACCGUUCCCAAAAUAUCUUACCAGUAUUACUGCACACAUAAAUAAGAAUAAUACAACAAACAAAAUAAAUUCAAAUUAUUUAAUAUUCGAUAAGAUUUUUCUUGGUUAAAAUAAUUAUGCUUGAAUGAAACAUCAUUCUAAUAUACUCCCCAAUUUUCGUUAGAACUACUCAGUAUUAUCUCGAAACAUGUUAUAUAUAUAUAUAUGCAAAAAUAACCAUAGCCAUGUGUUGUAAAAAGUUACAAAAUAUUUCUUGUAGUGUACGAACUAUUUCUUGGCAAAUGAUUUCCAAAUGAAUUUUUUGUAAAUGUACAGAGCACCAUAACUCAUUCAAACGGUCUCCGACUGUGAUUGUAAUCAAUAUUACAAAAUUUAAAGGGAUUACUAAAAAAUUGAAAAAAAUUCUUUUUUUCUCCUAUUGUUUUACUGGAUCCAUUUCUGGAAUUAAGAGUGCAAACCCCGUGUUUAUAUGAAAGUGAAAGUGAUUGAAACAUGUCCAAAGUCAAUAAACUUCCAUACGACUUCACGAGAAAUUUGGAUUCCAAAAAGGCUCCGUGGUCAAAAAAGAUUGGGAACCUCUGGUUAAGAGUGACAUAUUGUCCCAUCUCGAGUGAGAAUAACACUGUGGUAUUUUUGCUUACUUACAUAUACUUUUUGUAGUUACUUGUUGUUAUUACUGGUAGAAAAUACUGAUGUAGAUGUGGUAACGGUUAACGUUUUUUUUUUGCCUAAGUGAAAACAAUUAAGUAAUUUAAUUUUUACGGAGAAAAUAUGCAGACUUUAAAGCGCACUCGUUUUCUACAGUAAGAUAACUCUGAUCAAUGGCGCAAAUCUGUAAGAUUCGCAAGGGGACACCCCCGUAAAAAAGAAGGGGAGGGGGGGUUGGCGCUGUCCAAAUGUUUUGCAUGUGGGCUUAAUUCACGGCCAUGUCAGGAUGGGGAGCUUGUUUGUUGUAUACUAGCCAUAUUUUGGCCUACAUAUAUGGAAUAAACAGAAAACUUUUAAAUGUACAGAAAGUUUUCCAUAAACAUAGUUUUUAUGGUAACAUUUAUCAACCCCGCUUCACAGUCACGCUUUUGCAAGCGCAAGUGGGCCCCUUCAGCGAGGGACUUGUUAUUUCCUGGGGGGAAGGGUGUCAGUCCUCCCUGGGAUCGACAACGACUACAAUUACAUCGGAUACGUGGUUUGUGGUUUGAAGCGGUUUGCACUGUUUAAUAUUUACAUUUCUAAAAUAUGCACAAAAAUUAUUUCAAUC